ACGCAAACCGCAAACCGCAAACCGCAAUCCGAAAGUAGGAGCGGUUUCGAGUAAAGAAAAUGAUAUUUGAAUCAUUUCCUACGUUGGGAACCGAUGGAUGGACGACGACUAGCAUAUAUAAGCUCUAGGCUGCCUCAAAAGGCCAAACAAAGAAAUAAAAGUUCACAGCCUCUGCACACACUUUAUUGGAGCCUACAAAAGAUUCAAAAAAAAAAAAAAACCAAGGAAGGAAGGAUUGAUAAGAAGAGUUGAUUAGAAAGAUGGGAACGAGCAACCACUUGAUUGGUCUGCUAAACUUCUUAACGUUCUUGCUGUCGAUUCCUAUACUGGGAGGAGGGAUAUGGCUGAGCAGCAGGGCAAACAACACGGACUGCCUCACGUUCCUCCAGUGGCCUCUCAUCGUCAUCGGAAUCAGCAUCAUGGUCGUCUCCCUGGCGGGUUUCGCCGGCGCCUGCUACCGCAACACCGUCCUAAUGCGGCUCUACCUGGUGGUGAUGUUCUUGGUCAUCGCAGCACUGAUCGGAUUCAUCAUCUUCGCCCAUGCCGUGACAGAUAAGGGUUCCGGUCGGGGGGUGAUGGGCCGGGCUUAUCUGGACUAUUAUCUGGAGGAUUAUUCGGGUUGGUUGGAGGAGCGGGUGGCAAGUGAUAGCUACUGGGGAAAGAUUAGCUCCUGCGUCAGGGACUCCAAGGUGUGCAGAAAGAUGGUCAGAACUGUUGGUGGCAUGCCUGAAACUGCUGAUAUGUUCUUCCUCAGAAGGCUCACUCCUCUCCAGGUUGCUGCAAGCCUCCGACAGUGUGUGGGUACGUGUACGAGAGAGAGACGGUGUGGAAAGCAGGGGCGGUGGCGGGAGCCAACCCAGACUGCAGCAGGUGGAGCAAUGAUCAGAGUCAGCUGUGCUACGAGUGUGACUCUUGCAAGGCCGGGGUUCUGGCCAGCCUCAAGACGAGCUGGAGGAAGGUCUCCGUCAUCAACAUUGUUGUCAUGAUCAUUCUUGUAAUCGCUUAUAUCAUUGCUUAUGCUGCUUUCAGAAACAACCGCAAGAUCGACAACGACGAACCCUCCGGCGAAGCUCGAAUGACCAAAGUCGAGCCUUCCAGGAUUCAUUUUUAGUUUGCUUCCCUCGUCCACAUCUUUGCUUUCGUCGUCUUCGUAUCUACAUUAUGCCUUUUCCUCUUUUCAGAUUCGCUGUCAGACGCUUGUUUUCUGACUCCCUGUUUUAACUGUACUUAUUAUGUAUGAUAGUGGUUAGACAAUAAACAUGAAACUAAUAUAUAUUAGCCUUCUGUA